ACUUGCUGGUUCUCAACAGUUUACCUUGUUUCAAAUGGUUCUUGAAAAUGGUGGCCCUCCAACUGACCCUGAUGCUGAUAUAAUUAAUCCAACGUUAAGAGAUGAUGUUGGUCGAUUCAUGUUAUAUCAAGAUGCAACAACUCGCUAUUCCGAUGAUUGUCCCAAUUCAGUUAUGCAUUCAGCCAACAUUACAAAAUUAAAUGUGCGGGUCAGUUGGCGAGCACCUCCAUCAGGCUCAGGCUGCGUUUUAAUCAAAGCAUCGAUUGCUGUUACACCUGAUAUUUGGUUCAUGGAUGAUGGUGAGUUGACUAGACGUUUGUGUCCCGACACAUCGUUGUCAAUUGAUGAGCAACCUGAAAUAUUGGGACAAUGUGAUGCUUGUGAUGAAGCCAAAUAUCAAUUGUUGUUUAAGAUACUUUGGUCAAAAUUUACUCACCCCAAGAAUAUUCCCGACAAAUGGUUGUCUUAUUUUUCAAGUUUAAUUGGUGCUUCUCAUUCAAAUGAAUAUCGCAUGUGGGAAUAUGAUGGUUAUGCAUCUAAAGGGUUGAAACAUUGGCCGAAGACGGCAACACUGAGUUAUCUUUUUUUUCUUAUUUUUUCUCUCUUAUUCCGAUGGUCAAUGUGUUUCUUCAGGACAAUUAUAAAAGGCCGUGCUCUUGGUCUAAAUGAUCAUCGAGGUCAAACAUUUGCCAUUUUCAGAGUUGAUCGAGAAAACCAUUUAUUGUCUUUUAUAUCUAAACUUGGUCCAAGUCCUGAUUGGUUUGUUGGCGUUUCAGCUUUUGAAUUGUGUUUAAGGAACAGUUCAUGGUUAACUGAGCGAACUAUGAACCUCUAUCUAUGGGAUGCUGGUACUGCUUCAGGAGACUCUUAUCAAUCUAAUCCUAGACCAACAAUGCCACCAGAAAGGAUUCAUGCCAUUACUUCUUCGUGGCCUGGAGAAGAGGGAAAAUCGCCUUUUUACGAUCCAACCGGAGCUAAAAUUAAACCAUUUGCUCAAGUAACGGUUAAACGAUUGCGAACUUAUCCAAGAACUUGUGAUGAAAUUGUGAAAAACAACAACAAGUUCAGUCACAAUUAUUCAGGAGACACUGAGGAACCUUUGAUAACCGAUAACAGACCUGAAUGUUCAGUUACUCCAUGGGCACUGAUGACUUGCAUUGGUGAACCCUAUGAAUCUGGUGAGCAAAUCCGGAACCGUUCAUACAUUAAUCCAGUUUCUGCAGCUUCCAUGGGAUGUCAGAAUGUAUUGACAGAUAAAAUUCCUUGCAUGCCUGGCUGUAAUGGUGAAAAUAUCUGUGCUCUAUCUGAAUGGGGACCGUGGAGCAGGUGUGAUACAACCUGUGGUCGAGGUAAACGGAAUCGUCGUCGUUACUUCAUCCAUCAUGAAGCAGGCAGCUACUGUGAUUCGUCCAUGUUGGUUGAAUCAGAAGAGUGCCAUGAAUGGAGUGACGAUUGUUCAACUAAAGAAGCACUUGGUUCUGCGCCCGAGGAUCCAAGAUGUAUAACAACACCUUGGAGUGAAUGGAGUCCGUGUUCAGUCAACUGUGGUCUUGGUACAAAGUAUCGUAAACGAUUCUACGUGAGUGCUCGAGCAGCUGAAUUUUGUUCAAAAGAGUUGCACCAAGAAACCAACUGUAAUAUGGGAGUUAAAGAUUGCACUCCAACCAGUGAAGAGACAAGACCAAGACCAACAGAUAUUUGCCUCGCUCCUCUUCGAAGUGAACCAUGUUUAACAGGAAUGCUUGCUGAGCCAAUCAGACGCUGGUAUUAUGAUAAUCAAUCUCAACUUUGCUUGCCUUUCAACUUUACUGGAUGUGAAGACAUUUCCAACAACUUCAAGACUAAACAAGAUUGUGAGAUACUUUGCCGGCAAAUGCUCAACUCUAAAGGUUCAGUCAUUACUAACUGACUUGAUUCUCAGUUUCAUUUAAAUAUUGUAAAUUGAAAAUGAUUAAACAUUCAUUGUUAACAUCAAUCAAUUGAUUCAACAUGAAAUAAGCUUGCAUUUGUAACAUUUAGUUGAAGCUUUUUUGAUUUCAUCUGCUAUGAAUUUGAUGAUUCUGCAAGAAGCUGAAUUAUUUUUGCUCUUGCUUUUUGGACUUUGAAUUAUAUGCUUUUAAUUUGA